AUGAAUUUUACUCAACACAACUGCUGCAUCUUUGAAUCCAUUCUAGGCCAGGUUUUGCCUCCAGUCCUAGUUUUGGAGUUCAUGUUUGGUUUGAUCGGGAAUUUAGUGGCCUUCUGGAUGCUCGUCCUCCAAAUAGACAACUGGAAACCCAACACUUUGUAUCUUACUCAGCUGGUUGUUGCAGACUCCGUAAUACUGUUCUGGCUUCCUUUCAGAGCUGACUGUUACAGACAAGGAAAAGACUGGAUUCAUGGGGAUAUUCGAUGCCGGAUUUUGUUGUUCAUGUUGGCAGUCAACCGUGCUUCAGGAGUAUUUUUCAUCACUGCUGUGCCUGUUGACCGUUACUUGAGGAUUGUUCACCCAACAAUCUGCAUUAAUCGCAUAGGCCUUGGGUACUGUAUGUGGGUCUCCGUUAGCCUUUGGGCUCGGAUUAUUCUUGCUACCGAAGAUCUGCUGGCUGAUGAGCAUCUCUUUUACCAUAACAAUGGACUUCAGUGUCCAAGUUUCAACAUCUGA